UAGUCGGUUAGAGUAAAAACGGCGCAUGCCUUCCCCGGAGUCAGGACCCGUGGAUUCUGACGUAGCCCGUGCAUCUUAAAAUCCUAUAAUAACGCCUAGGCAUUGAAGUUGCCAUGGCCAUUCCGAUCUGGAACCAAAUGGAGAAACUACGAAAUUUACCCCGUACGACCGCCGGUUGGGAUGCAGACCUUCCUGCCUGCUAGGAGCCGGGGCUCUGCCCAUAGAGAUGCAUAGAUGUGUUUAUCAGUGUGUCGGCGUGUGAGUAUACAGCGCUGGUUUCUUUUAGGCUAUUAGUGGUUUGACCUUGAACCUGUACCAGUGCAACGGCAGAUUACUUUUAUUUAUGUAUUUCAUGGAUUGAAGAAAAUAACGUGUUUUUUUCCCCUCUCUGCAACCGCAGUAAGGGAGGGGAGUUUAAUAUACCUCGCCUAAGAUUUCCCGGGUUGGCACCAUCAUUAUUGUUUAUCCCUGUGCUCCAACAGCCCAGCCUUCUGAUGGCUCCCUUAGGUGAAGUUGGGAACUAUUUCGGUGUGCAGGAUGCAGUACCGUUUGGGAAUGUGCCCGUGUUGCCGGUGGACAGCCCGGUUUUGCUAAGUGACCACCUGGGUCAGUCCGAAGCAGGGGGGCUUCCCCGGGGACCUGCAGUCACGGAUUUGGAUCAUUUAAAGGGGAUUCUCAGGCGAAGGCAGCUCUACUGCAGGACUGGAUUUCACUUGGAAAUCUUCCCCAAUGGUACUAUCCAAGGAACCAGGAAAGACCACAGCCGAUUCGGCAUUCUGGAAUUUAUCAGUAUAGCCGUGGGCCUUGUCAGCAUUCGAGGCGUGGACAGUGGACUCUACCUCGGCAUGAAUGAGAAGGGGGAGCUGUACGGAUCAGAAAAACUAACCCAAGAGUGUGUAUUCAGAGAACAGUUUGAAGAAAACUGGUAUAAUACGUACUCUUCGAAUCUCUAUAAACAUGUGGACACUGGAAGGCGAUACUAUGUUGCAUUAAAUAAAGAUGGGACCCCAAGAGAAGGAACGAGGACUAAACGGCACCAGAAAUUCACACAUUUUUUACCAAGACCAGUGGACCCUGACAAAGUACCUGAACUAUAUAAGGAUAUUCUCAGCCAAAGUUGACAAAGACCAUUUCUUCACUUGAGCCCUUAAAAAAGUAACCACUAUAAAGGUUCCGUGCAGUGGGUUCUUAUUGAUUAGCUGUGUCAUCACAUCUGCUCCACUGUUGCCAAACUUUGUCGCAUGUAUAACAUAGGAUGGAGGCUUGGAUGGGGACGUGCUGACUUUGUGUUGCACUUACAGGCCUGUCCUCUGGGAGGCCUGCCUGUGCCCACUUGAUUUAUUGUGAGAAGAGACAAGGAUGUGUGUAUGUUAGUGUGUGUAUGUGUAAGUGUGAGUGGAUGAGCAACAGGAAAUCAAAGACAGGAGCAAAGUAGAAGAUGGUGGCCUGAUGCAUGCUGUGGUAUAGACACACUUUCACAUGUCUAAUCAGUUGUCCUUCAGCUGGUAUCAGCACAGCUGCCACAACUUUGACUCAUGGGAUCUUGGCUGGUGGCCUGCUCAAGGGUACACUGCAUUUGCAAAGGCAUGGAGGGUGCAGUCUUACUUAAGAGACCUUUUCAGUUAAUUCUCACUGGUGCCAUCCCAGUGAAUUUAAAGCAAAGAUCUCUUAGUUAAAGAAAAAAAAAAGUUAAAUUUAUUUAUAGAAAUUCCAAAGGCAACAUUUUAUUUAUUUUAUAUAUUUAUUUAUUAUAUAGAGUUUAUUUUUAAUGAAAUAUGUACAGGCCAGAUAGGCAUUUUGGAAGCUUAGGCUCUGUAAGCAUUAAAUGGGAAAGUCUGCUAUGAACCUGUGGUGAAUUCAUGCAGAUGAAUAUAACUUUGCAUGGAUAUGAGAAAUUCUAAUGACCCUUAAUGUACUGAAGGCGACAAUCUCUUUUGUGCCCGUAUUAUUGUAAACUUAUGCACAUCAUUCAUGACACUGAGUAUUCACUCUUCAGAAUGCUUGUUUCAUAGCUUAUCCCAGAGGAUUAAAGAUAAACUGGGUCUCAAACUUUUAUUCUGUGUCUGUACUAUUUACUCUCUCAUAAGUGACUGACGCCAUCCUUGUAAUGUCACAGUUGGAAAAUAUGAGGGUCAGUAUAUAGCCGACUCGUCUAAAUCUAUUGCAGAAUGUACCAAAGCUAAGCAGUAGCCAUGCUUUUAUUUUAGUUGGUCUCUAGAACAACAGGAUGAACAUCAAACAUUGUACUGAUUUAGAGUUCUCAAAAAGGAAAAAAAAAGCUUACAUAGCACAGAUUAUUCUUUAAAGAGACACCUGAACCAGAUUAGUAGGAUCAUUCUUGUAAACUUUUUAUUUGUACAUUUGGUUAUCAAAUAUGAAAUUAUACAAGUACCAUAGAGGUCAUUGUAACAUUUUUAAUGGAAAAUUGAUUUUGGUGUGAACUGUCAUAAUACGUAGUAUUAGAACCUUCAAGUAAAACUUGCAAAUGAAACUAAUAACUCUUCAUUAAUAAUUGACAAUGAGGGGGAAGUAUUAUAUUUGUUGACUGUUUUGCUUUUAAAAAGGUCUUCACAAGCGCUCAGUUUUUUAAAGAGGAGGUUACUAUAUAGACUAUCUUUUACAAGGCUUUUAUAACAUUUUAUGCUGAAAAGCCUAAGAAUACAUAUUUAUUUAGUAGCAAUAAUUUUGGAACUUGCCCUUGGGCAAGGGAGACUAUUCCUUACUAUAUCUAAGGAGAAAAGAGCCAAAUUCUUAAAGCAAUAUUUAAGAAAAAGGAGUUUAUAACAAAUUCUCAUACCAUAGAGAAUAGUUUUUAGUCAGUUAUGUUGGGAAAUUAAAAGUGACAGUUAAAAAAUGUGUUGGAAUUUAUGUAGCUAAUUUUAAAAUUUAAUACUCCAACUUUGUUUUGCUGUGAUGCAUAUUCUCUAUGAAAAAUAAAGGUAUGUCACUAGUGAGUUAAAGCUGUUUUGAAGUAGAAGCCCAUGACUUAUAGCCGUGAACAUAUGUGGCUCUUCUAAGGUCCAAGCUGGAGCACACAGAAGAGUCCUCCUGCUGAUAGGCAUUAAGGAAAAAUUAAGUCUAACCUUUGGAAUUAAGAAAUAUUUUGGGGGUGGGGGACUGAAGCAAUAUAAGAUAAUUUACAAUAAAGGUCAGAUUGUUCUCUUCAUUUAGUCCCCCCCCCCUUUUUUUUAACUUUCUAAAGAGAAACUGUAUUUAAUCCCUAGAUGUAGUAGUCUUAUUUAUUAUUUAACUCUUUGCUGCUGUUAAAAUGUGCACAUAUUCAGGCUUUAGUUCUUCCAAAAGGCAUUUAAUAUUUUUGACUGAGAAACAUUAAACAUCUGACCACUGGGAUGAAUCAAGUUUGUAGGAUGUCAUAGGUACAAUAUUUAGCACUGAAAAAAUUGAUUUUAGGUGAUAACCAAAAGUAAAGGAGCAUGAGGUGCAAUUAGCCCAAAAUAAAGAAAACAAUUUGUGAAAAAGACUAAAAGCUCCAUGCAUUCCUAGAAAAAUGCUACUUUAAUGUCUACAUUUGGAGUUAUUUUGUUUUGGUACCUAUUUUUUAAAAAAAGAGAAAAAUGUUUUUUUUUGCUUUUGGCAAUGGAUACAAUAAACUGUAAUGGUCUGUAAAUAAAUAAAUAUUGACUUAUGCAA